AUGUUUAGACAGAGGACGAGCGCACAGAAGCCCGGGCAUGACUUGCUUGCCAACUUCCGACAACAGUUUCCUGAGGUCUCUACAGGGCCCUCGACAACCUCGGCCGCACCAGCUGCUACGCAAACCACUGUCGCUGGCGACAACCCCAUACUUGUCGCCGGUGCCCCCAACCAGUCCGAAAGAAGCCACAGCUUAAGUCACGAUGUCUUUCGGGACCAAGACCCCACCCCACGGGGUUCCGGAGAACCAUGGCGGUUCACGCCGUCAAUGCUGGAUCCCAACUCCUUCUCCUUCUCCGCGUUUGCGAACCAGCCGCCGGGCUAUUACACGCCAACUCCCGGCGGUAACAACACGCUUUACCACCCGCAAGCUGGCGACUUACAUACACCAACAAUGGGCUUAGGAAUGGGGUUGGGUACGCCCUUGUCGCUGCCGACCAGUGAAGCAGCCAUGCACUCGGGUGCCCCCAUGGUGGACCUCGCCCAUUUUCAGCACGGGAUGCCGCCGCAUCAUUUCCAGACCUUCAACCCCUUCAUGCAAGCGGCGCCACCUCAGCCGUCGUUCGCCCCUUCAUCCUUCGUCCACCAGGACACGGGAUACGAGACAAUGGAUCAGGAUGGGUCGCCCUUGGAUUCCGAGGGCCACGAGGAGCGCAUGGGUUCCAUCGAUGCUACGUUUAACUCGCAGUCACCGCCCAUGGGCUUCCAAACUAGGCACUUCGGCAUGUCCAUGGCUCACGCAUUACCGCCAUCGGCUGAGAAGUUCCGCUUCCAUGCCACGCUAAAUGCACCAACGGCAAUGAUCAAGCAUGCCGACGAAAUCCCCGUAACAUAUUUAAACAAAGGACAGGCAUACUCAUUGUCAGUAGUUGAUACGUCGGCGACGUUGCCCGUCGCGCCCGGAACCCGUUACCGGACAUUCGUGCGGAUUUCGUUUGAGGACGACCAGCAGCGGCAGAAGCCGGGGGUUUGUUGGAGCCUCUGGAAGGAAGGACGGGGCACUAACGAGGCGCAUCAGCGUGGUGGUAAACUCCAAGCUGUGGAGUACGUGGAAGCGGGACAACCAGCAGAAGGCGACGACAAACGAACCCGUGUCGAACUAGACACGGCCUCUUUCGACGGAUUUUCGGUAAUCUGGACCCCUGGCCUCAACGGCGCCCCUGAGUGUAACGUUGCUGUGCGCUUCAACUUCCUGUCGACCGAUUUCAGCCACUCUAAAGGCGUGAAGGGCAUUCCUGUGAGACUAUGCGCCAAAACUGUUGCCCUACCACCCGAUGGAACGUCAUCUCCAUCCGAUGGCCCGACAGAGAUUUGUUACUGCAAAGUCAAGCUGUUUCGAGAUCACGGCGCCGAACGGAAGCUUUCAAAUGAUGUGGCUCAUGUCAAGAAGACGAUUGACAAACUAAAGCAACAGAUCGCACAGGCGGAGAGCGGCAUGAAGGAGUUCGGCAAGAGAAAAAGGGGUGGGGCUUCGCAAGGCAAAGGCCCGGACACGGCGCGGCCGGGUAAGAUCCAGAAACACAAGAGGACGUGGUCCAUGUCUUCAACCAGCUCGGCGGGCGGUGGCGGUAGGCCGUCAUUGGAGGAUGACCUACAUUUUAAGCUUCAGACUUUGCAGGACAUGUUCACCAGCACCCGGCCAGUCAGCGUUCUCUACCUUCGUGGUGAAGAUUUGGACGAUCCAGAUUUGCACCCCGUAACUCUCGCGGGGGAGCCAAUUGACCUGACAAAGGUGGAUGCGAAAGACGGGCUGGCAUGGCAAGCGCGAAGUGAACGCAGCUCAAUUGCCAACUCAUCGCUCGUCUCACCAUCUCCGAGUUCCAUGUCGUUGCAUUCGCAGGCCUCCGCAGUAGUCGCCAAUCCCCAAUGGAACGAAUUCCAAGGUUCGGGUAACCAGUCUCCCAGACAGACGUCGGACCAGCCCACGAAGGUGGGCAAAACGGAUGUCGCCGGCAACUUUAGUGGUUGGAUUGAAGCAUUGGGAGUAGACGGAUCCUACCGGCCGCCGACAGAACAACCUACUAAGCCUACCGCAUGUUUCUAUGUUGCGCGACGCCAGAAAUCGCCCGCCGACCCAAGAGAACUUCAUCGAGCGGUAUAUUUGACCCGAAGGACCCUUUCAGAAUUCGUGUCUAAGGUGGCCAUGAAGUGGGGCAUCGAUGCCACCAAGGUGGUUCGGACUGUACAUGUGCUAGGAAGCGGACUUGAAGUUGAAGUGGACGAGGAUGUCAUUCGCGAAUUGGCCGAAGGACAAGACAUGAUUCUCGAUAUUGCCGAGGUGGAGAGGAAGGUGCCCCAGCUCAAAAGAGAAUGGGAAAUGGCCGUCGACGCUCCGGAUGAGGGAGAUGCGUCUUCGAUACACAGUGUGCUUCACACAACAACCGGAUAUGAACUGCGACUCACAUUCUGA